AUGUCGCGCAAGGAUGAUGCCAAGGCCCAUGAUGGCCAAGUCACUGUCAAUGUUGAUGACUUUACCAGAACCCGUGAAAGUGUUCUGGUCAGCUUGUCUAAUCUGCAGGCGGCCGUCUCUGAUUUGACUCGCGCUUAUAUCAACCAUACCAACACUGUGUUGAACCCGAGUCUCUCUACCCUUGACUUGGGCCACGCCAGCAACAUCACUGCUGCGCUUUUGGAGAAUGGAUUGCUGGGCGCCCGCUCCAGCAGCCCUGGCGCCAAGUCCGAGGUUGGCGAGAAGAAGAAGCGCAAGCGCGCUCCUCCUGACCCGAACGCACCCAAGCGUGCCCUGACCCCUUACUUCCUGUACAUGCAACAUAACCGCCCCAUCAUUGCCCAGGAAUUGGGCCCCAGCGCUAGGCCCAAGGAUGUCUCCGACGAGGGCACUCGUCGCUGGGCUGAGAUGCCCGAGGCGCAGAAAGAGGUCUGGAAGAAGCUUUAUGCUGAUAACCUGGCUGUCUACAAGGAAAAAGUCAAGGCCUACAAGGCUGGUAAGCCUUGGACUGAGGAUGACAACACCAAGGCGGCCAGUCAGCUCCAGCAGGAUAUUGCUGGCGCAUCUGCCUCGGGUGGCGAAGAGUCCGAGGAGGAGCAGGAGGAGGAAGCGGAGGAGGACGAGGAGACGGAAGAGUCCUCUCCGGAGCCGGUCAAGGAGCCCACUCCGCCUCGUACCAACAAGCGCCGCCGCAGCGAGGUGAAGACCCCGUCCAAGAAGAAUGAAUCCCCCGAGAAGAAGAAGCGCACCUCUGCGCGCAAGGGCAAUGAAAAGGACAAGGAGGAGGAACCACCCGCUUCGACUCGCAAGGCUGCUGGCGCCGACGCCAACGCAAAGCGCACCAAGAAGAAGCGCAAGAGCGAGGUUGGCGGUGAUGAGUAA